AUGUGUCAAGCACUGCUAUCGCAGAAGAACGAGAGUGGCGAGACUGCCUUACACAUUGCGGCCGGACAUGGGCGUGCUGAUAUAGUUGAACUUCUCAUUCAAACUGCAAAAGCUCGUCGUUGUGAAGACCUAGAGCAAGGGGCUGCCACCUUCACUUUAUCAUCAUCAUCAGAAGAAGAAGCAGCCUACUGGAAGAUUUUCAUAAGGACACCCAGUAAAGAGAAGGACACAGCAUUGCACGAGGCAGUGCGGUUUAAGCACCUUGGUGUGGUGGAGAUAUUGAUCAGAGAAGACCUUGACUUUUCCUACCCUCCUAAUGUUGCUGGGGAGACUCCACUUUAUUUGGCUUCCGAGAGGAGAUACAAAGCUUUGUUCUCUGAAAUACUUCGCACUUGCAAGCAUCCAACUUACCAAGGCCCCAAUGGUAGAACCGCUUUGCAUGCUGCAGUGAUUUACGGUGAUGAAGGAAGAGAAAUACUAAACAAGAAAACGGAUUUGGCAAUAGUGACAGACGAAAAAGGAUGGACUCCACUUCACUACGCUGCAUCCUAUGAUCAUGCUUCAAUUGUUAUACAACUACUAGAAACUGAUAAAUGCAGUGCCUACAUGGGUGACGAAGCUGAUAAGAAGACCGCUCUUCACAUUGCAGCCUCCAAGGGCCAUGUUAAUGUAAUGAAACAACUUAUUUCCUAUUGUCCUGAUUGUUGCAAAGUGGUCGACCAAAGACGUCGAAAUGCUCUUCAUUAUGCCUUGGAGAAGAGUCAAUCUCGAAUUAUAGAUUUUGUUAUGAAGGAUACAUGGCUUAGCAACGUCCUUUUAAAUGCCAAGGAUGAUGACGGCAACACACCCCUCCAUCUACUUAAUGCUCCUAUCUACAACCAGAUUCCUUUCAUUACUGAUGCUAGGGUUGAUAAGAUGGCAUUCAAUAAGGAACACAUGAACGCUCUCGACGUCAUUAAAGCUAAUGAUAAUGUUAAAUAUAAGAUAAAAGUUGUCAGGUCUGAUAGGGGAGGUGAAUAUUAUGGGAAAUUUGAUCAAACUGGCAGACACCCUGGACCUUUUGCUAAGUAUUUGCAGGAAUGUGGAAUUGUUGCACAAUACACCAAUCCAGGAACUCCAGAGCAGAACGGUGUAGCUGAAAGAAGAAAUAGAACACUCAAGGAUAUGGUGAGGAGUAUGAUCUGCAAUUCACAGCUACCUAAUUACCUAUGGGGCGAGGCAAUAAGGACAGAAAACUACAUCCUAAACCGUGUACCAAGUAAGGAAGUAUCAAAGACCCCUUUUGAGCUAUGGACUAACAGAAAGCCGAGCCUCAACCAUUUGCAUAUAUGGGGGUGCAAGGCAGAAGCAAAAGUCUUCAAUCCACAAGAGAAGAAAUUGGAUCCCAAGACCAUAAGUUGUUUUUUUGUAGGUUAUCCAGAGAAGACGAAGGGGUACAGAUUUUAUUGUCCAAAUCAUACAACAAGGCUUGUGGAAACAGGUAGGGCAGUUUUUCUAGAAAAUGUCCAUGAAGAAAGGAAGGCCACAGAUUUCGUUUUUGAAGAGCUGGGUGAAAUUGCAAUUGAGCCAGCAAAGCAAAGUGUGCAAGUUCCACAUAUAAGUGAAAUACAAGGGGAAGAUUAUGAAGAUAUGGAACCUGAACAAGAAGACAUGAAUGAAAUUCAAGUCCAGGAAACUCAAGAUGUGAACAAUGAAGUAGUUCAGCCACAAGAAGCACCAGCUCCACAGAGAAGAUCUAACAGAAAUAGAAGACCAGCAAUAUCUCAAGAUUAUGUAGUGUAUUUACAAGAAUCAGAGUUUAUGGCAUCAGAUUUUGAAGAUCCUUUGUUUUUCAAUGAAGCAAUUAAUAGUCCAGAGGUAUUGAAAUGGAAAGAAGCCAUGGAAAGUGAAUUAGAUUCAAUGGAAAACAAUCAGGUGUGGGAUUUAGUAGAGCUGCCAGAAGGAGUGAAGCCAAUAGGGUGUAAAUGGGUGUUCAAAACCAAGAAAGACUCAAUGGGCAACAUAGAAAGAUUCAAGGCCAGAUUAGUUGCAAAAGGUUUUACUCAAAAAGAAGGAAUAGAUUAUAGUGAAACUUUUUCCCCAGUUUCAACUAAAGAUGCUUUUCGGAUUAUCAUGGCUCUUACUGCACAAUAUGACCUGUUUUUACAUCAAAUGGAUGUAAAGACAACCUUUUUAAAUGGGAGACUGGAUGAAGAAAUAUAUAUGGUGCAACCUGAGGGUUUUAUAAAGGAAGGAGAAGAGCAUUUGGUCUGCAAACUCAAGAAGUCCAUUUAUGGACUGAAUCAGGCAUCAAGGCAAUGGUACUUGAGGUUUGAUGAAGUUGUAAGCUCACAAGGCUUCACAGAGAAUCCAGUGGAUGAGUGUAUUUAUCUAAAAUUUAGUGGGAGCAAUUUCAUCUUCUUAGUACUCUAUGUCGAUGAUAUUUUACUGGCCACUAACAAUUUGUCUAUGCUUGCUGCAAAGUUUUUUUUGUCAUCACAUUUCGAGAUGAAAGAUAUGGGGGAGGCGUCUUAUGUGCUAGGAGUAGAGAUACACAGAGACAGAAGUCGUGGUAUGCUUGGUUUAUCACAGAAGGGAUACAUAGAAAGAGUGCUUAAAAGAUUUAAUAUGUUAUCUUAUGCAUCUGGAGAAGUUCCUAUUACAAAAGGAGACAAACUAAGUAGAGCUCAAAGUCCUCAAAAUGAGUUGGAGAAAGAAGAGAUGAAGAACAGACCCUAUGCAUCUUUAGUGGGCAGCUUAAUGUAUGCUCAAGUAUGCACAAGACCAGACAUUGCCUUUGCAAUUAGUGUGUUAGGCAGAUUUCAAGCAAAUCCAAGGAAUGCACAUUGGAUAGCGGCCAAGAAAGACAUGAGAUAUUUUCAAAGGACAAAGAGUUUUAUGCUGGUUUAUCAGAGACAAGAAAGCUUGGAGUUAGUAGGAUAUUGUGAUUCUGAUUUUGCAGGUUGUCCAGAUGAUUUAAAGUCUACAUCAGCAUUUGUUUUCUUGCUAGCAAGAGGAGCUGUUUCAUGGAAAAGUUCGAAGCAAAGCACCGUGGCUGCUUCAACGAUGCAGGCUGAGUUUGUUGCUUGUUAUGAGGCCACCAUCCAAGCAUCUUGGUUGAAGAAUUUUAUAACAGGUUUGUGUGUGGUGGAUUCGAUUGCCAGACCUGUGCAAAUUUUCUGUGAUAAUAGUGCAACAGUAUUUUAUUCCAGAAACAACAAGAGGUCAGCGGGUACAAAACAUCUUGAAAUAAAGUUUCUGUUAGUGAGAGAGAAGAUUAAGCAAGGCCAGACUCGGAUUGAUCACAUAAGCACACAUGAUAUGAUUGCUGACCCUUUGAAUAAAGCAAUUCCCAACAGUAUAUUCAAGAGACAUGUGACUAGCAUGGGGAUUUUGGCUAGUUUCGAUGAUGCAGAAUAG